CUUCUCAUUCUGGACACGCAGGAACACACACAGGAAGACACGCAGGAACACACACAGGAAGAGACACAGGAAGAGACACAGGAACACACACAGGAAGAGACACAGGAAGAGACACAGGAAGAGACACAGGAAGAGACAGGAACACACACAGGAAGAGACACAGGAAGAGAGACAGGAAGAGACACAGGAAGAGACACAGGAAGAGACACAGGAAGAGACACAGGAAGAGACACAGGAAGAGACACAGGAACAGACACAGGAAGAGACACAGGAAGAGACACAGGAACACACACAGGAAGAGACACAGGAAGAGACACAGGAAGAGACACAGGAAGAGACACAGGAAGAGACACAGGAAGAGACACAGGAAGAGACACAGGAACACACACAGGAAGAGACACAGGAAGAGACACAGGAAGAGACACAGGAAGAGACACAGGAACACACACAGGAAGAGACACAGGAACACACACAGGGAGAGACACAGGAAGAGACACAGGAAGAGACACAGGAAGAGACACAGGAAGAGACACAGGAAGACACACAGGAACACACACAGGAAGAGACACAGGAAGAGACACAGGAACACACACAGGAAGAGACACAGGAACACACACAGGGAGAGACACAGGAAGAGACACAGGAAGAGACACAGGAAGAGACACAGGAACACACACAGGAACACACACAGGAAGAGACACAGGAAGAGACACAGGAAGAGACACAGGAAGAGACACAGGAAGAGACACAGGAAGACACACAGGAAGAGACACAGGAAGAGACACAGGAAGAGACACAGGAAGAGACACAGGAAGAGACACAGGAAGAGACACAGGAAGAGACACAGGAACACACGCCUGACGGGACACGGGGAAUUAUAACACCAGUAUGGAGGGAUGAUGACCUGGCUAGCAGCUCAACCACACAGAAUUCAGGCUGUAAGAAGGUGACUAUCGGGUUUGAAUCCAUGACUCCAUGAUGAAUGCACAUGUCGUUAUGAGAGACGGGCGAGUGCUGUCAAGGGCUGAGUUCUUGUCAUUGCUGAACACGUACAACUGUUUUCUGAAAGACAAGACCCAGCAGCAUCUUGUCUUCUAUGAGAGAGAUAGAGAGGUGGUGUUCGAGGGAUUCCUGAAUAUCUCCUGGGGAGUACGGCAGCCCAUCAGGCUCAAAAUACAGGAUGACAAACAACAACCGUUCACCAGCCUGCUGUCACCUGACCCAGUCAGUCCAGUCAGUCCUCAUGGACGCAAGAGGGGGAUGACACGAUGGGGGGAGUUUGAAGACCUCCAUCAGAUCAAUGAGACAGAGGAGACCAACAAGCAGCAUCCUGCAGAGGAGACCAGCAACCACACGACAGGGAGCUACAGGAGUUAUGAAAGCUGUACGCUGCGUCCCACCCCCACAAAGCAGAAGACAGAGGUGGAGGAGGAGCAGUCCAACCUGAUCCGCUGUAUGAGUGAUGCUUCCUUGGUGAAGAGGAGGGUGAAGAGGAGUCCCUCACAGAGAGAGAGGAACAGGCAACACUGCUUCUCCAUCAACGGACACUUCUAUAACUACAAGACGGCUAUAUUCACUCCAACCUAUGGAACAUCCACUAACGUCCGUAUCAACAGCAAAAUGACAACACAUCAGGUCAUAUCACAGCUCCUUCAGAAAUUCAAGAUAGAAAAUGAUCCUAAUGAGUUUGCCCUCUACUGUGUCCAUCAAAGUGGAGAGAAGAAGAAGCUGUCUGACUCAGAUCUGCCGCUGUGGGAGAGGCUUGUUCAGGGCCCAGCAGAGAACAUCAUGAAGAUGUUCCUCAUGGACAGAGAUGAAGAGGAAGUCAGCAACGAUGUGGCCCAGUACCUCAACCUGGAGCUGCCCAUCCUGGAGGGGGUUCUAGUGAAGCUGGAGGAAGAGGAGAACAGAGCGGUUCAAAGAAUCACCACCAAGUACAACCAGCAGCAAAUAGUCUUGUCUCAGCUUCUAAGCUCCAAGAUCACCAAGACCGAGACAGAGGUGUGAGAAGUGGACUUCACACAGACUGGACUUCACACAACACAUACCAGAACAACAGUACACAGAAUACAUGAAGGGACAUACUGUCCAGGGAAGAGGAUGUUAAAGAUUAAACUAAUAAUGUGUACCAAAUGGCACCCUAUUCCCUAUUUAGUGCACUACUUUAGACCAGAGCCCUAUUCCCUAUUUAGUGGACUACUUUAGACCAGAGCCCUAUUCCCUAUAUAGUGCACUACUUUAGACCAGAGCCCUAUUCCCUAUAUAGUGCACUACUUUAGACCAGAGCCCUAUUCCCUAUAUAGUGCACUACCUUAGACCAGGACAUUGAGCUGUAUCGGGAAUAGGGUGCCAUUUGGGACUCAGACAUACUACACCAUAACUAAACCUGAAAGACUGCAGGAGGAAACGGUAUUGUUCAAUGUCAACAUGAAAGAUGAUGAUCAGUGAUGAACUGAAAGCAACAAGUCUAAAAAAGUUAAAUAUGGAAAUAUUUUUCAAUGAACCUGACGCAUCUAAUAGAAAGCCCUUUUGGUACCAGAAGGACUAGUCAUCCCUCCACCUACACAGCUGAACUAGUAGUCAUCCCUCCACCUACACAGCUGAACUAGUAGUCAUCCCUCCACUAAGACAGCUGAACUAGUAGUCAUCCCUCCACCUACACAGCUGAACUAGUAGUCAUCCCUCCACCUACACAGCUGAACUAGUAGUCAUCCCUCCACUAAGACAGCUGAACUAGUAGUCAUCCCUCCACCUACACAGCUGAACUAGUAGUCAUCCCUCCACUAAGACAGCUGAACUAGUAGUCAUCCCUCCACCUACACAGCUGAACUAGUAGUCAUCCCUCCACUAAGACAGCUGAACUAGUAGUCAUCCCUCCACUAAGACAGCUGAACUAGUAGUCAUCCCUCCACCUACACAGCUGAACUAGUAGUCAUCCCUCCACUAAGACAGCUGAACUAGUAGUCAUCCCUCCACCUACACAGCUGAACUAGUAGUCAUCCCUCCACCUACACAGCUGAACUAGUAGUCAUCCCUCCACUAAGACAGCUGAACUAGUAGUCAUCCCUCCACUAAGACAGCUGAACUAGUAGUCAUCCCUCCAACUACACAGCUGAACUAGUAGUCAUCCCUCCAACUACACAGCUGAACUAGUAGUCCUCCCUCCAACUACACAGCUGAACUAGUAGUCAUCCCUCCACCUACACAGCUGAACUAGUAGUCAUCCCUCCAACUACACAGCUGAACUAGUAGUCAUCCCUCCAACUACACAGCUGAACUAGUAGUCAUCCCUCCAACUACAGAGCUGAACUAGUAGUCAUCCCUCCACCUACACAGCUGAACUAGUAGUCAUCCCUCCAACUACACAGCUGAACUAGUAGUCAUCCCUCCAACUACACAGCUGAACUAGUAGUCAUCCCUCCACCUACACAGCUGAACUAGUAGUCAUCCCUCCAACUACACAGCUGAACUAGUAGACAUCCCUCCACUAAGACAGCUGAACUAGUAGUCAUCCCUCCACUAAGACAGCUGAACUAGUAGUCAUCCCUCCACUAAGACAGCUGAACUAGUAGUCAUCCCUCCACUAAGACAGCUGAACUAGUAGUCAUCCCUCCACCUACACAGCUGAACUAGUAGUCAUCCCUCUACCUACACAGCUGAACUAGUAGUCAUCCCUCCGCCUACACAGCUGAACUAGUAGUCAGCCCUCCAACUACACAGCUGAACUAGUAGUCAUCCCUCCACUAAGACAGCUGAACUAGUAGUCAUCCCUCCACCUACACAGCUGAACUAGUAGUCAUCCCUCCACCUACACAGCUGAACUAGUAGUCAUCCCUCCACCUACACAGCUGAACUAGUAGUCAUCCCUCCACCUAGACAGCUGAACUAAUAGUCAUCCCUCCACUAAGACAGCUGAACCAGUAGUCAUCCCUCCACCUACACAGCUGAACUAGUCGUCAUCCCUUCAUCUACACAGCUGAACUAGUAGUCAUCCCUCCACCUACACAGCUAACAUCUAGCUCCUGAAUGAGUUGUCAUCCCUCCACCUAGACAGCUAACUCCUGUUUCUGUAAUAGAGGCUUGACAACACAGCAAAUAAAUGCUAGCUAGCUGCCAGUUUGUACAAUGGUUCGCUACUGUUGAAUCAUGAAGUGAUUCAGUCAUUUUUCAAUAACACGCGGCAAGCUAACUAACUGGCUAGUGGAGGUGUUAUGAUCACUAACAUCAUGGCUGGAAUGUACUUUUGACCAAUCAGAUUACUUGUCCCGGACUAACUGUUUAAUAAGCCCUAUAAAGUGAUUGUCUGAUCAUAGCAAAUAUUAUAAUUACCCAAGAUUGGCCAGCGGCGUCAUUGACAUUGGGAGGUUCCUCCGGGGGUGGUUUUGAAGAGUUUAAAAUAUUUUUGACCAGGGGACAGUUUUGACCCGGCAUAUGAAGUCUGAAUUCAAUCUGCCCAAAAGGAUUGUUGACCUCCAUUGGUCCUAAUUGUCUUACAGUACCAGAGGCGUCUAUACUGUAUGUCCCCACCACCUUCUUCAAAAUAGUUUCCAUUCUUAACCAAAAUCCUGGAGAAAUUGGUUUUCAAACAGCUGAAUGAUAUUUAAAGUGCCAACUGUAUUUUUGACAAAUACCAAUCUGGUUUUGCAGCCCACCACAGCACAGAGACAGCGUUAGUUCAAGUGGUAAAUGAUCCUAGAGCCAACAGAGAGACAGCCUUAGUUAGAGGCAAAUGAUCCUAGUGCCAUCAGAGAGACAGCCUUAGUUAGAGGUAAAUGAUCCUAGAGCCAUCAGAGAGACAGCCUUAGUUAGAGGCAAAUGAUCCUAGAGCCAUCAGAGAGACAGCCUUAGUUAGAGGCAAAUGAUCCUAGAGCCAUCAGAGAGACAGCCUUAGUUAGAGGCAAAUGAUCCUAGAGCCAUCAGAGAGACAGCCUUAGUUAGAGGCAAAUGAUCCUAGAGCCAUCAGAGAGACAGCCUUAGUUAGAGGCAAAUGAUCCUAGAGCCAUCAGAGAGACAGCCUUAGUUAGAGGCAAAUGAUCCUAGAGCCAAUACACAUGCCAAACAGCUCUAAGUCCUUGUGCUCUUGUAUUUAAAUGGUGCAUUCCUCACUGUUGACCAUGAUGUCCAUCUGGACAGACCGGAGAGGUAGGUUGGACUCUCCAGUACAGAGUGAAAAGGCCUUGCGGUCCCAGAGAGGAUGGGUUUAGCACCUUGUGUACCGGUCAAUCAUUGUCGUCAACCUUGGUGAACAUAACUCAGAGAAUAUACAAACUGUGUUAGUGAUUUAAAUACUUGGAUGGCACAACUUCCUACAGCUAAAUCAAGACAGGUAAUUGUUGUUGUAGACAAAGCACAGAGAGAAUCUCAACGCACAUUUUAAUUCACAGGCAAUAAAGACAAAACACCAGUUAAAAAAAAACUAGCUGUUAUUUUAGAUUCUGAACUCCGUUUUGAAUCACACUUUAGGAAUGUGACCAAAAUAGAUUUUUACCACCUGAGGACCAUUGCCACGGUGCAGCUGUUUCUCUCAGGCUGAUACAGAGAGACUCAUCCAUGCUUUUAUUGCAAGCAGGCUUGACUACUGUAAUGCUCUCCUGUCUGGUCUACUCAAGAAAGCCAUUGGUCAACUGCAAAACAUACAGAAUGCUGCAGCGCGGGUACUGACCAAGACUAGACGGAGAGAACACAUUACACCAGUUCAAAGGUCUCUGCACUGGCUGUCUGUGAGUUUUAGAAGUAAUUUAAAGAUUAUUCUAACCCCAAUACACGCAUGCACUUACGUUAUGUACCCAGUAUGUCCCUCUGGUCCUCUGGCACUGGCCUUAUAACUAUCCCAAAGCCUCAGACCAAGAGGCAUGGAGAGGCAGCCUUUAGUUAUUAUGCCCUCAGCCUCUGGAAUAGAAUGCCAGAGAACCUGAGGGGGACCAAGAGACAAGGAGAGGCAGCCUUUAGUUAUUAUGCCCCCAGCCUCUGGAAUAGAAUGUCAGAGAACCUGAGGGGGACCAAGAGGCAAGGAGAGGCUGCCUUUAAUUACUAUGCCCCCAGCCUCUGGAAUAGAAUGCCAGAGAACCUGAGGGGGACCAAGAGGCAUGGAGAGGAAGCCUUUAAUUACUAUGCCCCCAGCCUCUGGAAUAGAAUGCCAGAGAACCUGAGGGGGACCAAGAGGCAAGGAGAGGCAGCCUUUAAUUACUAUGCCCUCAGCCUCUGGAAUAGAAUGCCAGAGAACCUGAGGGGGACCAAGAGGCAUGGAGAGGCAGCCUUUAGUUACUAUGCCCUCAGCCUCUAGAAUAGAAUGCCAGAGAACCUGAGGGGGACCAAGAGGCAUGGAGAGACAGCCUUUAGUUACUAUGCCCCCAGCCUCUGGAAUAGAAUGCCAGAGAACCUGAGGGGGACCAAGAGGCAUGGAGAGGCAGCCUUUAGUUAUUAUGCCCCCAGCCUCUGGAAUAGAAUGCCUGUGGACAUUUUUAAAAGGGAUCAAAACACAGAUUUGAUUUUCCUUAGGAUGAUUUUUGAGUCGUUCAGGUUAUAUUGUUAUUCUUUAGUUGUUUUAAAUAGCACAUUGUGUUGCAUUCCAUGUCUGAAAUGUGCUGUAUAAAUAAAGUUUGAUUAGAUUUGA